CUUUGACAAACCAAAAAAAAAAAAAAAAAUCUACACAAUGGCCAAAUCAAUCCUCCUCAUCAACGGCCCCAACCUCAACCUCCUGGGCACCCGCGAACCUCACAUUUAUGGCUCAACCACCUUAGCCGACGUCGAGGCCUCCUCCAAAUCCCACGCGGCGGCACUCGGCGCUACCCUCGAAACCUUCCAGUCUAAUCAUGAAGGUGCCAUCGUGGACCGUAUCCAGGCUGCCCGGGGCAACGUCGACGGCAUUAUCAUCAACCCCGGCGCUUACACACAUACAUCGGUUGCUAUCCGGGACGCUCUACUGGGCGUGGACAUCCCGUUUAUCGAAUUGCACGUGAGUAACGUCCAUGCGCGUGAGCCGUGGAGACAUCACAGUUACUUUAGCGACAAGGCAUCCGGGAUUAUUGUUGGUCUGGGGGUGUAUGGGUACAAGGUAGCGGUGGAACAUGUGGCUAUGAACUUUAAGCCGUUGGAGAAAAGGGCAACUUUGUAAAUAAGUCGGUUAGGUAUUCUUCAUUUCACUCUGGGUUGUGUUGGCGUUGAGAUGUGGAGUGUAAUUAAUAUAUACAAGAAGAAGAAUCAUAAUAAUAAAAGUCCCCCCGC